CACCUAGGACUGAUGAUACGAGUGUUGAAUGAAAAGUAAUGCCUCCACCUUCAUUAAUUGGGUUUGGAUGGGGAUAUUUUAAUAAAUCAAAUGCAGAAAUAAUCCUUUGAAUGUGAUCUUUAAUUACCAAUAUUCACCUUUCCACAUAAUCACCAGCCAAUUGGAUACAUUUCAUCUAACGAUGAACACGUUUUCUGAAGCCAUCAUGGAAGAAGUCAACACUCUGUUCACUCUGUAUCCACAACCACAGUUCUCUCAACGUCUUCAUCAGAAGCAUAAUGUCCUUGCAGGUUGUCUCCUGUCACAAUUGAAUGGAGAAAGGCAUCACCUUCAUUCUCGUAACGCGAGAGGAGUUCCUGGCAAAUUUCAAGUCUGUGUGCUUUCAUUUCAGGAGUCGGAAUCUGGGGUACCCAUAGUGCACAGAUCUUCCGAUAGCCAAGGAAAGCAAUAAUGUGACCCACAUGUUCUUGUGAAAUACUGAUUGCGCUUGCAGUUUCUCUCUGAGUGAUAAGACGAUCAUCCUGAAUUAAUCUUCAGCAUUUCGCUUGUGAAACUCAGUGGUUGCUGUCACAGGACGUCCAGCUCAUUGUCACGCAGGUCAGAUGUUCCCGCCUCAACAUCCCAUUCUCUGAUGAAUCUCCUUUGGGGUGACACCUUCUGCUGUCAGGAAUCCAAUGACUGCUCGGCUCUUAAAUUGAAUUGACCGACCGUCUGCACAGGGUUCCAUACUUUGCACUUUAACAACACAACCGUUGAAUGCUAAGGCUUCCCACCAACUAGAGCUGUAGAGAAGAGGCUAUGGAACAAGCCAGUACCUGCCACAUACCAAUGCUGCCAACUGUUGAAGAGUUACGAAGGCGGAGACAUUACUUUUCAGUCAACCCUCAUACAUAAUAUUUUCAGGAGGAAGCCUUGUUCCCACACUAAAAGUAUGCUAUAGCAGUUCAGAAUAGCUGCUAUUACAUGGGGAAAGUGGGGGGGAUUGGUUACAGGUUGCAAAACAGCCGUUGUAGUUGAGUGUGUUAUGUUCCACUGAUGGGUGUUCUACCCUGCCCUUAGCCAUAAUGGGGAGCUGAUUAGUGGUAAUGCUGACAUAAAAAGUAUGGAAAACUUACAGCUGAGCUGGUAUAUGUUCACUGCUUCCACAGAUGUCCUCUUUCUUCUAGGAUAGGAUAUGCAUGUGAUGGGACUGGAAGGGGAUGUGCUUGGAUGGAUGCAUAGGAUAGGUAUUAUACUAGGCUCUUCUAUUGGAAUAUGAUCUAUGUGCCAGCCUCUUCAAAGUUGGUUGUCUACAGUCUGGAUGAUUAUUUAAGUACACUCUUCCUACUCCAAACCUCCAUGAUUUUAUUCCUUGUAGCCACUAGAUCACCAAAGAAUUGCAGGCUAUUCUUCAGUAACCAAAUAAUCUUUGUUAUCUCUGUGAUGGUUGUAUCACUACAGCUGUUGACCUUGCCACAUGCCAGUGGUGUCUGACAGGAAAAAUUUAAUGCAUCUGUACUUCAGUUUUUUUAUUGCUUGUGAUUUUUGGCAUUAUUAGACAGAUUUACUUUAAUUUGAUCAUUAAUACCCUGUCUUUGUUUGCCUUCAUACUACUAUCAAGGAACUGAAUGUUUUAUAUUGUUCCACCAGGAAAUUCACCCAGAAAUGGUUAGAUACAGUCAUGGUAAACCAAAAGCUCUUAUGUCAGAGCCUUUUCAGUGCCACAAGACCCAUUACAGUCAUAAAGUUUGAGCAUGCUUCAUGAGGAAAAACACACAAAGGGGAGUUGUGUGCAGAUGGGCACGAUGGCUGUAGAGGCCAAAAUAGUGAUUAGUGAGCAGUUUCUGGGGCAUCUGCCACACCUCAGCUGCAGUAUGUUUGGUGAGACUUUAUGAAGUGGAAGUCUGAGGAGGAGAGAAAAACAAAAAGUAGUUUUGUCUCUAGUUAUGGCACUAAGCGUUUAAAGGAUGGCACUGCAAAAACCACCUUUGUAUGCCACAGAAGUGGCACAUUUUCUUCGAAGUCAGAUGGCAAAAGGUUGUGUAUGUCCCAAGGUACUUGCAAGGUGGGAAACCAUUGCGUUGCUGUCAUAGAGCUUCACGAAGAAGAAAGUGGAAUCUGUAGUGUCAUUUACUACAGAACACAUUUCGGCCACGACCAGAACAUUGCUUUUCUGCAUCUCAGUGGUUCUGAUAGAGAAGCCAUCGCUGGUAAAAUUGCUGAGGGGGUCACUUUCCAGAGAAUUCUGGAUGAUGUGCGGAACUCAGUUCAUUCCAGCGGAGUGGAGAGGCUGCAUCUCCUGACUCGGCAUGACUUUCAUAACAUUAAGAGAGACUUCACCAUUGGUGAUGAUCAGCAGCAUAACAUUGAUGAAGUCAGUGUUAGUAUGUGGCUGCAGAAAAUGAAAGACUGUGUUCUCCUCUAUAAGAAAGAAGGCGAGGCCAGGGAAGAUUUUGAUAGGACUGACUCGAUGAUAGUGUUAAUGACUGACUACCAGAAGCAGUUAUUACAGAGAUUUGGACAAAAUAUUGUAUGUGUAGACUCCAUACAUUGUACAAAUGUUUACAAACUGUUGGUGACCAUAUUGUUAGUGGUGGACGAUUUUGGUUCAGGUAUGCCUGUAGCAUUCUGUGUUUCAAAUCGGGAGACUACUUCCAUAAUGACUCAUUUCUUUAGUGCUGUGAAAGAGAGAGCUGGCAUCAUAAAAACGUCUGUAUUCAUGUCCGACGACACUAAUACUUUCUGUAGUGCAUGGUCACAAGUCAUGGGACCUGCAGAAAAUAAUCUACUGUGUGCUUGGCACAUAGACCGCAGCUGGCAGAAUAAUUUGAAGGAAGUCCAUGGCAAUGAAGAAAAGAAAGCACUUGUGUACAAAGCUCUUCGUACAUUGCUUGAAGAAGCGGAUAUAGACUAUUUUAAUGAGCUGCUGGAAUCGUUCGUCGGGCAGCUUCAAGCAGAUGAAGGUACAAGAGACUUUGGUGUAUAUGUCUCGUCAAAUUACUUAUUCUGGCCUCAGCAGUGGGCAUACUGUCACCUUCACAAUCUGGGUAUAAAUACAAAUAUACACCUUGAAGCAAUGCAUAGAGUUUUAAAAUAUUGUUAUCUAGAGGGAAAAACAAACAAUAGACUUGACAGACUACUUGUGGUGUUGAUGAAAUUGGUGCGUGACAAACUGUGUGCUCGAAUGGUUAAAUUGUAUAAGGGUGGCCAUUCAUAUAGAAUAAAUCUUAUUGAGGCUCGUCAUAAAGCUUCAUGUAGUAUUAAGGAGAAUGACGUUACAGUCAAUACUGAUGGUACAAAGUUUCAUGUGAAAUCCCAAACACAUUGUGGUGUAACACAUACUGUGAUUUUAAAUAACAUUGAAUGUAAAUUGGAGUGCAAGUUGAAGUGCUCCACAUGUAAUAUAUGUAUACAUGCUUUCAGUUGUUCUUGUGCAGACAGUUUAAUUCAUUUGAACAUAUGCAAGCACAUUCAUGCAGUGUCAAUGACGUAUGCAUUACAUUCAAGUGCCACAUUUACACCAAGUGAAGCAACGGUGACAGAAGAGGCUUCUGCCAUUUUGUGUUCACUGCAAACAAAUACUGAUGAUCACGAGAACACAUCUCUGGCCCGAGAACUAGUGUCCACAUACCAAAUUUUGAUUAACCGUGUCUGUUCAGGUAAAGUGUCCACAGAAAUCCUGAAGUCACUGCAGAAGGAUGCAGCUCAUUCGCUGUCACUUUUUCAAUCAGACUGCAGGGAAGCUCCACGAUGCCCCAGCAACGAGAAGGUAAAAGUGCAACGAAGACCUGGUAAAUGUAACAAACAGCCAAAGGGCAGUUUGAAGAAACCAACUAUUGCUGAAAAAGCAAAUAUUGUUUCGGCACUGAGGCAGCCUGAAAGUGAAAUAUUAAAUGUUCACGUAGAUUCUGACCAUAAUUACUGUCGGUACUAAGUUUUAGAUGUGUGUGUGCCUCUGUACAUUCCAUGGUUUGUAGGCCUACUGGGGAAACUCGCCAUGUAAAACAGAGUAACGCAUUGUACUUGGUACCCUUGUUGGUGGUGUGGAAACCCAAGUGAUAUUAAUAAAUAAAAUAAAAACUUU